AUGGGAAACACCACUGGAAGCACCGUGGACGACCUGCAGGCCGUGGAGAUGCACCUCUGGUACAAGAAGUUCAUGAUCGAGUGCCCCUCAGGUCAGCUCACCCUGCACGAGUUCAAGCAGUUCUUCGGGCUGCGCGGUUUGGACCAGGAGGCCAACGACUACAUCGAGCAGAUGUUCCGCACAUUUGAUAUGAACAAGGACGGCUACAUAGACUUCCUGGAGUACGUGGCAGCGCUGAGUCUGGUGAUGCGAGGAAAGAUGGAGCACAAGCUGCGCUGGUACUUCAAACUUUAUGAUGUGGACGGAAACGGCUGCAUCGACAGACACGAGCUCCUCAACAUCAUAAAGGCCAUUCGUGCCAUCAAUGGAAUUGAAAGUCAGGAUCUAUCCGCAGAGGAUUUCACCAACAGUGUGUUUGACAGGAUUGAUAUAAAUGGAGACGGCGAACUCUCCUUGGAUGAGUUUGUGGCCGGCGCUCGCACUGACAACGAAUUCAUGGAGGUGAUGAUGAAGAGUCUGGACCUCACCCACAUCAUGGCCAUGAUCCACAGCAGGCGGCACAGCGUGUAG